AGUACUAUGUCUUUCAUGUUUGGGUCUUCCGUCAACCUUUGUAAAGCCAUAUCCUCUUACAAGACAGUUGGGAGAAAUCACUUCUUAAGUAAGAGUGCUCUUCUAACAUAUACAUCAUGGCUCGACUGUCCCUCUCGUUCAUAUUGCUUAGCUGCCUCAGCUUUAUAUCUCUUAUUUCAUCAAGUCCUAUUGGCAGGGUUGGUGAUGCCUCGAAGAGACGUUCACCCAGUCCCUUAGGGAUCACAGCUCGGGACACCACAACUCAGUUCAACGAGAUCGGUGCUUCCUUCACCCUCGGCUCCGCAGAAAGCAAAGUGAGCAGUGGAGGCACAUACCCUCGUCUAGCUCGACUCUCGGAUGGCGGUGUGCUUUCCAUAGCUACCACCUCUAGCAACGGCGAGAAGGUCCUAGUAGUCUCGCGUAGCGGCGACGACGGCGCGACUUUCUCUCAGAUCGGUGAGGUCGCCAGAAGCACUGGGGACCUGGACAAUGGAUUCUUGCUUCAACUAUCGUCUGGGACCAUCCUAGCUGCGUUCCGCAACCACGAUCUAGACUCCAGCGGUGCUAGGACUUACUACCGCAUCACAAUAUGCCGCAGCACCGACGGUGGAGUUACAUGGACCUUCGCCGCGCAAGCCGCUGAGCAAGCAGCUACCUCUACGCCCAACGGUCUAUGGGAACCCUUCCUACGCGUAGGCAAGGACGGCAGGGUCCAGCUGACGUACUCAGGCGAGCUAGCCGCAAACAACCAAGAGACAUUCCGUGCGCUAUCCAGCGACGAGGGAAGUACCUGGACCACACCGGUAAACCUACAACUACACGGAUCCCAAACAGUGCGCGACGGUAUGCAAGGCAUCGUAUCUACCAAAGACGCCGGAACUGGGCAAGACGCACUAGUCAUGGUCUUCGAAGUAGGCGACGGGCUAUUCCACCUCGCAACAGUAACCUCGUACGACGACGGCAACACAUGGGGCUCGCGCAGCGACAUCUACCGAACCUCGCAGCACAACGCAGGGGCGCCACAAAUCGCGUCGAUCAACAAUAAUCUCGCGGUUGUAUUCAUGACAGACGAGGACCGGGCGGUAAGCGAGCUCGACUGGCCCAACAAGGCUGACAUCAAAAUGAUAUUCUCCACGGAGCUCCGCAACGGGCAAGUAACGUGGACGACUGAGACCCUGCACCUGUCGGACCAAGCCUCGUACUGGCCGGGUACCUUCCAGCGCGCGACGAACGAUAUCAUGGCUGUGUACGAGCGCGGGGGUAUUCCCUACGGGAAGAUUAUCUCGGCGGCGUAGACGAUGCAAUAUGUCAUCUAUUAACGGUCGCUAAAGUUAUUUAUGGGAUUUUAUGUCGGUUGGGAGGUUUUUUUUUAUUUUUAUUUUGGUUUAUCUUAUCACACCCGAGAUAUCCCGCGGCAUUGGCAUUCGACGGCGUCUGGAGGCAUUUUUUGUAUUUGAAACAUUCAUUUACCUGUAUAUAU